AUGCCUACCUUUGAUAAAAAAUCAACUACCCCUUCCUCAAAAUUCAACGUAAUGUCUGCAGCACUUAUCGAACCGACAGAUUUUUCCCUUGAAACCAAAAAAUCUUCCCGCCUUCUUAAAUCAAAACCUUGUCCAAUUUAUACUAAUGUCAUCAUCCCAGACAUUACAUUCGAAAGUCAAGAUAAUAAAAGUGGAAUCAUAUCACCCAUUCCAUCGGGUCAUCUCGAAACUUCCACCAGAUUUUGGCAAUUUAAGGUUGAAGAAGGUCUCACCACCUACGUUCGCUAUGGAAACAUCCGUGCUGAUGGCACCCUCAAGGAAAGGGCAACCCACAUUCAAAAACAUUACUGUUUUGGUGAUGCCAAACAGUUUGUCGAGAAUUUGAUUGAUGAAAAGAUUAAAGCAGGCUAUGUGGGUUGGGCUCGUUGGUAA